CACCACUGCCAUGGCGCCCUACACUGGCAUUGCACUGUCGCCUGCCGAACUCUCUUAUCUGCAUGCCUCGCUGUCACAAAACCCACCCAUCCGCCCUGACGGCCGCUCGCCAACGACGUUCCGCCCACUGGUCGCCGAGACAAACAUUUUGCCGAGCGCCAAUGGCAGUGCGCGGAUAUGCUUUGCUGAUGGCACGGAAGCAGUCGUCGGCGUGAAGGCAGAGGUCGAGAAGAGCGGGCGAAGAGGCGGCUUGCAAUCAUCGGGUGUUGGCAGUGGGGAUGUGGAAAUGGGCCUGGAAGGGGAUGAGGAGGACAGCGACGACAACAACAACAACCAGAAGCGAGGCAAGGGCGAGGAGUCGUGGCUAGAGGUUUCCAUACAAAUUCCCGACAUGCGCGACGACGAUGCGCUGCCCGUCUUCCUUGCGGCCAUGCUCACGGAAGCUCUGCUCGCAGAUGGAAAUGUGAAGGAUCGGCUCUACAUCAACAGCAGAUUUCAUUGGAGAUUAUACAUUGACAUCCUCCUCCUCUCCCAAGCACUUUCAUAUCCUCUUCCUCUUCUCUCCCUAACAACACACCUCGCCCUCCUUUCCACGCGUCUACCUGCUCUCCUAUCUCAAGGCGACGAAGAUCCGCUCUUCAACGACGACUGGGACGCAUCAACAGAACUCUUCCCUCGCGACCCGAAAACCAAAAAGGCUCUGACUAAACCUCCUGUCACACUACUCGUCAUGACCGUUGGCUCCAACAUCCUCUUUGACCCUUCCAAGGAAGAGCUCGCCGUCGCAGACUCCGUACUCGCCAUCUCUGCCGCUCAGGUCAAAAAUGACGAAGGCUGUAAAUUGGUAGCUUUGCGCACCAUUGAUCCACCAAGUCGAUUGACUGCAGCGGGAGUGCCCAACGCUGGCAACUCGAACGCUGGGGGGAGUGGAUUGAGUGCGGCGGAGAUGGCGGUAUUGAGGGAGAACGAUGCUGGAGCAACAGUCUGGAGACCUCCACGAGGUGGUGUGGGUAGGGGUUUGAUGAGUGCGAUGAUCAAGGCCGUGGUUGUCAAGGGGGGUUUGGCAGAGGAGGUUCUGGCUGGAUUGGAUGGGGUGGAGACGUGAGAGAUGAGACAAGUAUUCGGGAGAGUAAUACUCGACGCGGAAAUGGGUGUGCACGUGCAAAGCGCUGUUGGCAAUGUGAAGAAGCUCGUCUGCUGGCUGCUACAGUCUGCUUGGCAUGGUGUCUCAUCAGCCAGCUUGCCAGCCUCACCCCGGUAGGCAGAGGCACACAGAUGGGGAGUCUCGAUAAGGCCAAGCAUCAAUGCUCGAUCGCACAUGCAAGUGCCAAUGAUGG